AUGCUCGCUUCCAAGCCACCAUAUACCGCCAAUACUGGCACCAGCCAGCAGCUCCCCGUCCGCAACUUCUCUGAGUCCUCGACCAGAACCCAAAUGACUUCGAUGGCUCUCCAAGACGGCCUUUUUACCUCCCCAACGGACUCUGAAUUCUCCGAUGUCUAUGACGGGCUGGACUCGAUACGGGUAUGGGACGAGAAAAAGGUUGGAGAAUGGCUGCACUCCAUCCGUUGUGGACAGUAUGAGCCUCUCUUCAAGGCGAACAACUUUACGGGGGAGAGUCUACUGGAGUGUGACCAAAAGAUUCUGUCAGAAAUGGGGAUCAAGAAAAUCGGUGACCGUGUCCGAAUCAAUGUUGCAAUCAAACAACUGCGAAAUAAGUCGUCCCUGCUACGGUCGAGGAGAAACCGGGAUAGUCUAGCUAUCUUGGAUGGCAUUGCCGGGACCCCUUCGUCCUCGGACUCUCCUCGUACUCACGGUUCCAGGUCUCACAACGGCAGCACCAAGCGCUUCUCCCGCCAGCUCGACUCCUCCGUUCUGCAGAAUUUCAACUCGGCCAGCACAGGAUUCAAAGUUGGAUCGAGGCCGAGCUCGCCUUUGGCAGAUGUACACAGUGCAGGCCUCAGGUCCCAUCGUUACGCGCAGAGCCCGAUGGAUGGUGCAAGAAACGCCUCUGGCGGCGGAUACUUUAGCCAACCAGGGUCAGCGAAUUCCACGUCCGGCAGACGACCUGAAACUCCGCAACUUGCCAGUCAAACCACAAGAGCAGCUCAUCUCCGGCAGAAUUCGAGCAUCGAUGGCCUGACGCCAGGUGGAUUGCCGUCGGGAUCUCCCGUCAUCAAAAUCAUCCACAACGGUGGCCAGACGAAGGUUGUCAAUAUCAAGUUUUGUCGCACGGCUGACGAUGUCACGUCGACGGUGCUGAAAAAGCUCCACCUUCCUGAAACCCAUUUUCGUAAUUAUUGCUUCUAUGUCCUCAAUGGUCUCGAACCAGACCCGGCAAAUUGUCGUCGAGUAAGCGACAGCGAACUCAUGAGAAUUUGUAAUGAGUCGACGCGGUCCGAGAGGAAUAGGUUGAUCCUGAGGAAGAUCAAUGACGGGCCUCCCGACGUCGACGAACUCCACAAGGCUGCGAAAAUCGCGUCUGAUGAAUCGCAAGUCCUCCACAGCAAUGCGCUGAGCACGAACAACAUGCGCAAUCAAAUCAAGUUGCAGAAACUCACGGGCGAGUCCUGGCACAAUAUUCAAGUCCCGAUUUCCCCGGUUACCACGACAGAUCGAAAUCGGAACGUCAUCGCCACCGCAGACGAAUAUGACCGGCAGGAAGCUCAACAACACCUUCGAGUCCCGAGCAGCCAGAGUACGAAGCUCCGUACAUUCUAUGGUGCACGACCUCCCAGUGAGAUGAUUGUGCAGGAGUUGACCACUUAUUUCCCUGCUCAUCAGCGCGAGGAUAUCGAAAAGACAAUGAGAUUAUCUGUCCGACGUUCACAGCGCAUGAGUCGCGCACAAAGUCGCCUGAGCGUGAUGAGUAACGUGAGCAUGGCUUCCAGUCUCAAGGACGCUCCUCCGGUACCAAGCAUCCCGAGCAUCGCCGACUCCUGGGUGUACCAGACCGGGAUGACCUCUCGUGCUCCUACAGCCCGACCACUAUCUGUAAUGUCGAGUAGAUUCAAUCUUAUGAACCAGUCAUUCCGAGAUUCAAUCGCCUCUUCAACGCUACACCCAUUGCAGGAAGAAUCUCCUAUUGAGCCGAACAGGAAGUCAUACGUAUCGUUUGACAGCGGCUCUGAUUCUGCUGCCCAGGCCGAAGCAGUCCGAGCAAGCUACUUUGACGAAAGUCCUGGGGUCACCUUGAACACUGACAAUAUGAAUGAACGCCUGUCAGUUAUCGUUGCUGAGGAUGGCGAGGAAGAAGAUCAGGAACUCACCUCGUUCCUUCAAGGAAACAGCUUUGACAAGAACAACUGGAUGAAGGGCGACUUGAUCGGCGAAGGCUCUUUUGGCAGCGUCUAUCUGGCCCUCCACGCUGUGACUGGUGAAUUGAUGGCAGUCAAGCAAGUGGAAUUGCCCAACGUGGCCAAAGGCACGGAGGGCGACAAGAAGAAGACGGCCAUGAUUGCGGCGUUGAAGCAAGAGAUCACACUGUUGCAAGGCCUGUCCCACCCGCAUAUCGUUCAAUACUUGGGUACUUCGUCGGACGAAAAGCACCUUAACAUUUUCCUCGAGUAUGUUGCAGGUGGCUCCAUCGCCGGCAUGCUGAAGCAGUACAACACCUUCCAAGAACCCCUUAUCCGUAACUUUACUAGACAAAUUCUCGAGGGGCUCUCCUAUCUACACGCUCGUAACAUCAUCCACCGCGACAUCAAGGGCGCCAACAUUCUGGUCGACAACCGCGGUGCCGUGAAAAUCUCCGACUUUGGGGUGUCCAAGAAGACGAAUUUCAACGGCAUGAAUUCUGCGCCUGGUACGCGCACAUCUCUUCAAGGAAGCGUCUUUUGGAUGGCUCCUGAAGUCGUUCGCCAGUCUGGACAGUCGAUCAAGUCGGACAUCUGGUCAGUUGGAUGUUUGGUGGUUGAGAUGUACACAGGCUCCCGCCCCUUCCCCUCAAUGACGACGCUACAGACGCUGUUUGCCGUGGGAAGUAACAACGAGAAACCCACUAUUCCCGAACAUGCUAGUGAGGAUGCGAAGCAGUUCAUGGGGAAGACCUUCGAGGUUGACCACGAGAAGAGGCCUGGCGCGGACGAAUUAUUGAGAGAGAGAUUUUUGUUGCCUACGGCCUGA